AUGGCCGACCCCUGGGAUGACUGGGAAACAGCCGCUGACGCUGGCUUGGACCCGAAACCUGCAAAAAAGGUGGAUGAGCAUGAAAAAAACAAACAAAUAUGGCAGGAUGCCAAUACCUACGUUCAACCUGAAAUUAUACGAACUGAUACGAGCCGAACAGAAUACGUCCCACAGGUUCGUAUCUUGAGACGACCAAGGGAACCAGGAUCAACAACAAUAACUCAUCCAUCACUCUUGCCUUCAUCUUCAGAUGACGCAGAUUCCAUGCCCAAAACCUUUGAGGAACGCGAAGCGGAUUAUAAUGCUGCGCGACAAAAGAUUUUUGGGAAAAAUCAACAAGAGAAGAUGAUAUCUGGGAGCGGAAUUGCUAUUGAUCCUGAUUCAACAAUAGCAUCAGCAGCAAAGCGAGGAGAUAAAGUAGAAGAUAGCAAGACUAGGGAAAAGAAAAAAUUGUUUGAUCCCGGAACAAUGAGUUCUAUCAAGCGUGUUGAUGAUAACACCCAUCAGAGCCCAAGCAUAAUGAACGUCUCAAAGGAGGAAGACAGAUCGAAAUCACAUGAUCUUCCCCUUUUUUUCGUCUUCAAAUCAAAAUCCAUGGAGGGUCAUGCAUCGAGUAUUAAACGUAGAAUUGGCUCUGGCUCGAAACGAGGAUCUAAAAUAUUAUCCGGUGGAGGCUCUUCACUUGUUACCGAUGAGGUAGUUUAUGCGUAUGCAUUACGAGUUGCCUACCUUGCCCAUUUAUCUCAGCCAGUAUUGCCACCUGUAAUGGCGCCCGUUUCCAGCGAAUCGCAAAACAAACGCUUUAGUACUGUUUCCCUUGCUGGGCUAGGAGGAGGAUUAAAUCAACAUAAGGCUUCAGUACACGAGCAAAUUGAUAACAUUGGUUCGACAAUUUCUUCGGGGUUUUCACAAAUACACGAACUAUUUAAAGAUGAGAAAAAGAGUUCAAAGAGUCAGAAAAUUCCUAAAGAAUUGAUUAAGACUUUGCAAGCGAGACUGAAAUUGAUUGUUUCCGGACGAGAUCCAAAUCCUAUUUAUCAGGAUCGAUAUCUGCGAACCGAUCUCACGUUAUUCUAUAACGCAUUGCUACAACCGGGAUUUCGGCAGCAAUUCAAAAGCGCAAAUAGUAAAAUUGAAGAUUUGGUGUUAAUCUAUUUGAAGACGGCACAAGGUGAAUUGAAAAAAGCGACAUUGCCACCGCCAACAACCUGGCAAGAUAAACUCACUGAGCAUGUUAGUAUUUUUGUGGGCAUAUUGAAGGAAUGUCUUCAAUCGAAAGAAUGUAGUGGUUCUUAUUCACCUGAAUUAAUCGCACGACUUGAUGCGUAUCAAACAAGAUUCUCGGGAAGUCCUGCAGCUGCAAAGGCAGCUCCUAGUAAAAAUGGAAUUAGCAAUAAUAUUGAAGAUAUGACAAUGGUAAAAACUGUACAGGCGAUUUUCAAUGUUCCAAGUACUCAAGUACAAAAAGAUAUCAAUAAACUUAAGUCCCAGUGCACAUUACAAGCGGCCAUAGAUGAUCUUCGAACAUGUAUAAAUCACGUAAAUCGUGGUUCACCUUUUCCUGCACGCCGAGAAGAUUUUGAUUCAGAUGAAGCGUACAAUAAUUGGAAAUCGCAGGAAUUAAAGACUAUGGCUGACAUUAUGACCGCGUUGAUAGCAUUUAAUCCUGGGCUGGCGCCAAAACAAUCGCAUGAAGUUGUAUCUACCCUUUUAUCUAAAGGGCGAUCCGCCGCGCCUACAUCAAGUCCAGCUGCUUCAAGAAGCAUAUCAUAUUCUGGUGAAACUGAAGUGUCAGUUGAUGCUUAUAGGCAAUUCGAAAUCACAAAAACUCAGGAGCAACGCACUAGUAGCGCACGUCAUUCUGUAGCUCAGAGUACCUUUAAUCAACAACAACCUUUUGUAACACAACAAGGACAGCAGCCUGCUACCACACAAGGACAAGGACAGACUCCUCAACAAGGUCAAUUUGUAUCACAAACUAGUAAUGUGCGUCAUUCUGCACCUCAGGGCACCUUCAACCAUCAGCCUGCUACGUUACAAGGACAAGGACAGCCUCCACAGCAAGAUGUACAAGCUUCACCUCAAGGACAAUAUGCGCUACCGUUGCAGCAAACUCCUUAUGGACAGUAUAAUCAAAUACCUUCUUAUCCUCCAACUCAACAAUCACAAUAUCCACCUACUCAACUAUCCGCAACUGGAAACUAUCCAUCUCCUAAUAUAAAUUAUCCACCACCACCUACUUAUACAGGAGCGCCGUACCAACAACACACUACGCCAGCGCAAUCUUCACCGUAUCAAUCAGCACAACCAGGAUUUUAUCCUCCCCCUAAUUUCAAUUAUCCAUCUCCUCAACAAUAUCCGCAGACACAACCAUACACGCCAUCUGCCUCUAAUUUAUAUUCAUCAUUACCUACGCCAGUUAAUUUCGUGUCUCAUUCACAGAUCAGUCAAUAUCCUAUAUCUGGCGCAACCACAUCACCCGGUCAAAGUCCACAACAAUCUGCUCAACAACUACAAAAAACAGCAACAGGUUCAAGCUCGCCGGGUCAGUAUCCAUCGCCAUCUCUGUCUCAAACUUCUCCUAGACAAAGUGUAACUCAACCGAUACAAGCAAAUCAAUAUCCUCCUACAUCCGGUCAAUACCCGCAGUAUUCUCAAACUUCUCCCAGACAAAGUGUAAUUCAACCGAUACAGACAAAUCAAUCUUCUACAUCUGGACAAUACCCGCAGUAUUCUCAAACUUCUCCCAGACAAAGUGUAAUUCAACCGACACAGACAAAUCAAUCUUCUACAUCUGGACAAUAUCCGCAGUAUUCUCAAACUUCUCCCAGACAAAGUGUAAUUCAACCGAUACAGGCAAAUCAAUCUCCUACAUCCGGUCAAUACCCGCAGUAUUCACAAUCUUCUCAAUAUCAAAUCCCACCUGCUUCAAAUCAAUCUAGACAAUAUCCGUCCGGCCAAAAUCCACCUGUUCAAAGUUCACAGUUUUCCUCAGUACCUUCACCAAUAGAAGAUAGCUCGAGGACACCGGCCUCUCCAACAACUACAUCGGGCUCUAUUGGUUCAGAGAAAUCUUCGGAGUCUAGUAAUAUUUAUGGUGCAUUCACUUAUAUUCCGCCGAAUCCUAGAACCUACUAUAAAUUGCUUUUGAACAAAUGCCUAGACUAUGAAUUAAAUAAUCGUGCAAAGGAUGAUUUCUCAUUGAAAAUUUUUACGAAAAAUACAAAUGAUUUAUUAAACGAUUGUGUUCUGCGUUGGAGAGUUCCAAAUGGAUAUCGUGCGUUGCUUUACCUUGAUGCUCUCAGGGUUAGAUAUGAUGAUAAUCACGAACUAAUAACCUUGGAGCAUAUUAGAGAUGGAAUGCAUGCCUUGAAAGAAGCUAUUAAAAAGCGAGACCUAUCGAUAUGGACAUUAAGUGAUGCAAAGCUUCUUAAAGUUUAUGAAGGAAUUCACGAUUCUCUAUUACGCUUUCUUUGGGAGGCCCUUCAGCAUCUUUACAAGAUUAAGACUUCUACUUUUGAUCCGGUAUUAUUUUUGCUUAAUGAUAUUUACGAAAGCGAACUAUUCAAUAAGGCACACCCAGACGUAUCGCUAAGUUACGAAUCUAUACGAGAGGGCGUUCGAAAAGUUGCUGUGACAGAAUUUCAAAAGAAACAGGAAGAAUUAGCUUCUCAACAAGAAGACAACGAAUUGGCUGUUUUGAUACAGAUGGCACAGUUUAUUCAAGCUCAAAUCGAGAAAUUGAGCAAAAAGUAUCCAACACCUUUGAUGGGGCAAAUUAACGUUGUAGGAUUAGUCAUUGAGAAACAAGUUCCAUUAUUCACACUAGAUAUGGAAAAUUUAGCAGCGGACAUUUUAAAUCGGGUUAAAGCUGGAGACGAGAAUGGAAUUCCGGUUACAGAUAUUUUUGAACUAUACCGAGAAAUUUUAAACAUUAAAGUGUUGCAUGAAACCCAUGCUUCUGGAACAAAAUUCAAUUUCAGCAUUGAAGAAUGGUUCCGCCCUCACGUGUUGAAAUGGCUAGAAAUGACAGAUAACAAGACACCGGAAUGGGUGCACUCAGCCAUUAGCGUUGACGAGUUUAAACCUAUUAGCUCUACAGAUCGAAAUUCUUCCUCUGUGGUGGAUCUUUUUACCUCGUUCAAUCAGACUAUUGAAUUCUUGAAGCGAUUGAAUUGGCCCAAUGAAUAUCAAUUUGCCCGAUUUAUGACUAGUUUAUCAAGAACAAUAUGCAAAGCAUUGGAACAAUAUUGCACCAAAAUGGAAGUGUUGUUUCGUGCUGAUAUGUUCCCGGAGGAGGAACGUGCUCAGGAAACUCAAAAACAAUCUGCCUGGUAUGUCAGAGCAAAGACAGCGAUUGCUAGCGAUGAAAAAAUCAUACCUUUUGAUUUCAAACCAGAGUUGUGUAUCAAAUUAAAUAAUCUCGAAGCUGCUCGCGAACAAUUAGACAAACUCUACUACUCAAUCGAUGUUGACUAUUUAUCCGAAGUGAUACGUGAUGCAGGGCCCGUAGUUCCUGAGAAAGUAGAAAAAAACCGAUACCUCUUUACUAUCAAGAUUGUACUCGCCGAAAAUAUCGCUGCAUUAGAUGCAAAUGGAUACAGUGAUCCAUAUUGUGUUUUGACUGACGAAGUCGGAAAAACGUUGGCUAAAACACGUGUUAUUUAUGAAACGCUUAAUCCUCGAUGGGAAGAAGCAUUCGAUAUCACGAUCGAGACUGGUGGUGACCAAAUGCGAUGGGUUGCAGCGACAGUGUGGGAUAGAGAUCAAGUUGGUUCUGAUGAUGUUUGUGGACGAGCUUAUUUCAGACUUGAUCCACAAUACUUUAAUGAUUAUUUAGCGCAUGAUGUGUGGCUUGAUUUGGAGAAACAAGGCCGUUUAUUAUUACGUAUUAGUAUGGAAGGGGAAAAGGAUGAUAUCCAAUUUUAUUUCGGAAAAGCUUUUCGUACACUUAAACGUACUCAGAGUGAUAUGGCUCGGAGUAUAGUUGAUAGGAUGUCUCCAUUUUUACGACAAUGCUUAUCAAAAGAUGUCAUACACAAGUUGACAAAAUCUUCGAGUGGUUUAAGUGGAUUUUUCAGUGAUAAGAAAAAAGAACCUUUAACAGAUGUAGAAGUUGAGGAAGCCAUCUAUCCACUCUUCGAUUAUUUCGACACAAAUCUGCAAACACUACACACUAAUUUGACUGAAACUGUCGUCAACAUGGUAAUCAUCAAAAUAUGGAAAGAAAUUGAAGUGACUCUAGAAGAACUAUUGGUACCCCCGUUAUCGGAUCGUCCCUCAGAUAUGAAGGCUUUGAACGAAGUGGAAGCUGAUGUUGUAUUUAAAUGGCUUAAGUUCUUGAAACAAUAUCUGCAAGGUGACAAUGACGGCGGAGUACCAAAAGAUCUACUCGAAAACCAAAAAUAUCACGAACUUAUGUCAAUCGCAUACUUUUACGACUGGGAUACCGAGCAACUCAUGCAAGAAUAUCUAAGCAUCGUAAUUAAAAACUCCUUAACCCCAUCGAACAAAAAUGCCGCGCAAAAUAAAUCUGUAAUGAAUCAACGAAGUCUCGGCACCAUAAAGAAGCGGAAGAACGAGAAGCGUAAGCAACCCCAGUUGCAAGAGAAUGGUGAAAUUAUUUUACGUAUUCUACGUAUGCGAUCUGGUACCAAGUCUUUCUUGAAGCAACAAUUCGAGGAGCGUAUUAGACGGAUGCAUUCUUCUACUACUUCGGAGCCAACUGUUGAUGAAACUGCUGAGGGUGCAGUCAAGCAGGAUGGCGAUCAACAACAGGCUUCGUGA